AUGCCAGGUGUACCCUCGGGGCGGGCAUGCGAUGGGUGUCGCAAGACAAAGAAAAAGUGCGAUGAAAAGCAACCGGCGUGUUCGCGAUGUAUCCGCCUGAAGAUACCCUGUGUGGGGUCAGGCCAAAGAAGAUACAAAUUCAAGGAAGGGAAUCGAUUUCCGAAAUCCCCGAAGAGCGACGACGGGAUUGUGGAGCGCAGAACGUUGGCAAUGAACCAGGUCCAAUUUUUUGCUGCUACCCCUUCGCCAACGCCCAGCAACGAAUUGAACAAAUUGUCUAUUGCCUUCAUACACACCAUUAAAAGAACCACUGAUCUAAGAUAUAACCUCUGGUGGGCAUUUGGCAUGUUCCUCGAAGAUAUCCCUCAACGUCUCGGUUCCAAUGAAGCACUAGACCACUCUGUCGACGCAUUGACCAGCGCACACGCAAGUUUUUCUAUUGACCGCGUCCCCUCAGUGGACGCGCUGGCGAAAUAUUGUCGCGCUUUAAGAUCACUUCGUUCUUGUCUUGACGAUCCUGUCACGGCGCAGUCUCCUAGCACGCUUGGCGCGAUCAUGGUCUUGAUAUCCUGUCAGGGCUUCAUCGGCGGCGGACUUAGAGGUUCCUUCACCGGUCAUGCCGAAGGCGCCACGCGCAUUCUCAAAGCUCGAAAGUACUUCAUGCCCCGUGAUGAAUUUGAGCGCAAGGUGUUUUUGUCUUUGCGUGGUACUGUGCUAUUCGAGGGUCUACUAAACCCGAAAAUAUCCCUGAGCCCCGAAGAAUGGGACGAUUUGGUUGCCAGUGAAUUAGACCAAGAAACUCCCGAAGGCAAGAUUCUUCAAUAUCUGUCGCGGGCGCCAGGUAUAAUGCGACGAGGGAAGGAGGCAUUGCGCUUAGGCCACGACAUCACAGACAUUCGAAACGAGACACGAUCAAUCUACGAGGCAUGCAAAAGCAUCCUGGACAAAUUAAAAGCCAGAGACGCAGCUGGUACACUUCCCGGGGUUGGCCCAACGUCACCAGCUAUAGCUACAAUACUACACGCCCACGUUCAACGUACCUACGGCAUAGGUCUUGCUAUCACCUUCUUUUUUAAUUGCAUGCUGAGUGCAUUAGAUCCAAACGACAUACUCCUUGCGUCUGAAGCGACAGAUUUUGCUCAAGAAGUUGUCUCUCUGGCCUAUCGUUCUGCAGUUUAUCGGCCGAUAGGCGCUGGCUACAUUGUCAUUGUGCUUCAUAUUGCGUUGGCAGGAACCACUAAUCCCCAAAUGCAGGAAUAUCUGAAAUAUGCUAUGGAUGAGUAUCAAAAGGACAGGAUCUUUGGAACUGAGACCCUUAGUGGACAGGAUGUGCUGCAAAACACUGCUCGGUAUAUGCGGUUUGGUAUGGCUCCUCUAGCAGACACUAUAGCAGAUACGAUAGACGCCUAG